AUGAAAUUUGAAGCUGACUUUUAAUAAUUCAAUUCACCUUGGAUACUAUAAGAAUUUAUUGAUGUAAUUUGGUUUGAAUAAAAAUCCUUGAAAAGCUAAAAUAUUUUCACUUUUAAUGGGAAUUAUCAAUUCGAAAAAUUAUUCUAUUCCUCAAAACAAUUAAGAGGAGGGGGAUGUUGCAAUAAUAUAACCAGGGCCUAACCUUACAGGAUAAUUACUGCUUAAAAAUUACCUUUAUAGUUCUCUUAACACUUGAUAGAUAAUUCUAGAAUUAUUGAAUCAAAAGCUCUUUAUGUGUAGAAUAAAUAGGAUAAAUAAUUAGUGAUAACUUCCAUUUAAUGGUUCAAUUACAACCAAGAACACUUUAAUACACUUUGUUUAGAUGAAUAAUAAGGAUCAAAAUUGUUAGGGGAUAUUUAAAUAUCCUUAGAUUUAAUAUUAAAAUCAACCUUAAAUUAUAUCACAACAUCUGGAUAUUUAUGCAUUGAACUUUUGUCAAUAUGUAAUAUGUUAGUAAGAGUAUUAUUUAGUUAUUACAAUUGUUUUUAGAAAAAAAAGCUUAAUUCAAACUUCAAAGAAUGUUUAGAAAAUUAUUUAGCAGAGUUUGAAAAUACUGUUAAAUCUAAUGUUACUCAAUGUUGGGAAUUUGGAAUAGAAUUUGAGCUUGAAAUAAUGAAUACUGCUUUGGCUCACAUACCAACAUAAUUAGAGGGUCCUAGCAAUUUAACUUUGGGAAUAAUCUAAUCAAUUUUUAAAUUUAAAAUAAAUGAUGCACUUAUAUAAUCCAUUUUUGAAUAUGCCAAGGAGAUUUUAAAAAGAUUUGUAGGUAAAGUAAGAAACCCAAUAAAAAAGUAUGAAGUUUAUUGCACUUUUGAAAGUAUGAAAUGGAAUAUCAUUAUGUAAAUAACUCAGAGACGUUAAAUUCAAAAUAUUAAAAUUGAAUUAUAAAAUCUUUACAUUUAAUUUAUAAAACAUUCAUAAGAUUGGAUACUACAUUAUUGUUGGAUUAAGAUGAUUACUGAUUUUUUAACUUAUAGACCUAUUGUAGAUAUUAAUAUAUUAUUAUAAGAUAUAAGAAAUCCUUUUGAGAGAAGGAAAAAAUGGAAAGAUCUAAUCAAAAAUUAAUGUAUUGAACAAUUACCAUACAAUAUCAACUUAGCUAAAUGUAUUUGUUUUCCCAACAAAUCAAAUGUUUUUUCAAGAAAUUUAUUUUUAAGAGAAUACCCAGAAAUUGGUCUAACAGAACUUUCGGAAUUUUAAUAAUAUUUGAUGAAAUUAGACAAAUAAUCAGAUUAAUAAUUUUGGUAGUUUUAUAUUAUUUAUAAUAAAGAAAAGGAAAAUUAAAAGGAUAAUGAAUUAAAUUAAAUAAAUUAAUAAAUUUAACAGUUGUUCAACUUUAUUCCAAUAUUUUAAUAAUUCCUUGAUUAUUUUAAGAGUUUGCUUGAAAAAAAUCAAAGUAUCAUUGAAAAAAUGAAUAAAUUAAUCCAAAAUCUUAAAAAUGAAUAGAAUGAUGCUGACACUAACUAUAAAUCUGAAAUUUUAGAUUAAAACUCAAAAAUUCAGAUUAAUACAAUCGAAAUGAUCUAUGUUAUCAAUGAAAUUAAUCUCCAUAUUAUUUUGAUGACUUACAAAUUAUCAUUUAUUACAAAUUCCCUUAAAAUGGAAAAUAGAUCAGUAUUUAGUGAUAUUGUUGAUAAUAUUAAAAAUUAAUAUUAAAUGUAAUUUUUGACUCAGCUGAAUUUAUUACCAAAAAAUCUAAUGGAAUUUUUUAAAAAUAAAUUUUUUUGGCAAGAUGCACUAAAUAAUGAUUUCAAUAGAAAUUCUAUUUAGAAUCCUUUCGAUAAUAUUCUUAAUUAUCCCUUUGAACAAUUAAGAAUACAUUCAGAAAAUAUAUUAGAAAAAGUAACAGAAUAUAAAACAAUAUUUGAAGACCAAGUUUAUCCAAAAUAUGAAUUUAUAUCAUUAAUCUAAUUUCAGAAUAUGUUUACAUCUUAGGUUGAACACUUUUUUAGUUUGUUUCUGGGUGAAAUAACAAACAACAUUAGGAUAAUUAUAAAUAUUUCUCAUGAUAUUUAAAAUGAUAAAAAAUCAUAGUAUCUGUAUUAAUCAAUACAUGUUUUCCUUAAAAUAUCUAGACAUCUACUCAAUAUUACAAAAGUCAGGUUUUAUAAAAAUUAACCAUUUUAAAUUAUUGAAGCAUUGUCAAGCAGAAGACAAGGUACUGUGGAAGAUGAAAUCUAAUAUUCAAGUGAUGAGAUUAUGAUUCUGGUUUAAAAAUAAAAAGAAUAAAUAUAAAAAAUUUUGAAAGAAGAUUCUUAAGAAUAAAAAGAUCUUUCAUUAUCUGUACUAACUGAUUUGGUUAAAAGAAACAUUAAUGAAAUUAAGAAUAUGAAAAUCAAAAAUAGUUUAUAUCAGAAGAAUAUAUUAAAAUAAAUGACGCUUAUACUUUUAAAAUUAAUGAAAUUAGUUGAUUUUUGUGAUAAUUAAUUUCAAACAUAAAUAGAAAUUAUCUAUGCGGCUCACUAAGAAAUUUUUGAAAUGAUCAACCAGUAAAAUCAUCUUGAUUAAUAAAGCGAAGGAUUAAAAGUUAAGGAUACUUAGCAUUAAUAAUUAAAUUAAGAAAUUUUAUCUAAUAAUAUUAGCAACUUAGAAAAAAAGUUAAGUAAUUUUUUGAGGUUGAUAGAAUCUUUUUUAGAUUCUCUUGAGCUAAAGUUUGAUAUUGAAUUUGAUUUAGAUUUAGAGAAUCAUGCAGCAUAAACAAGACAAGAAAUAAAAGAACAAAUAUGGUAAAGUCUCUCAUACUUCGAAUAAAAUAAAAUAGAAGUUGAUAAAAAUCUGAAGGAAUUCUUCUAAAAAUUUGCAGCUAAUUAUGAUACUGAAAUCCCUUACAUAGAUAUUUAUUAAUUUUUAGAUAUUCUAUAAAUUUUUGAUUUCAAAGAUUCUCAUCUUUACUAAUAAUCUUCAGAUUUAUCUAAUGAUGAUUAAGCUUAUAUAAACUUUGUGUAAUGCUAUAAAAAUUUGAGUUAAGUUGAGUUUGAUCCAUUAAUCUAAUAACAAGAAGAAUAGAAAAUUAAGCAAUGUCUCUGCUUUCAUUUAAUUAAAAUUAGCAGCAUAAUAUUGGAAGAACAUUUACAAAUUUUUUCCAAAAAGUUAAUUAUCACUAUCUGGAUCAAAGAGAAGGAUCAAAGAGUUAAACAAUUGCUAUAAAAUGAGGAGCUGAUUGAGAUAUAAAAUUAAUUAUAUUCUCGUAACUUGGAGUCUUUCUAAAAAGAAAUUGAAUUAAAUGUAAAAACAAGACUUUAAGAUUUUGAUGAGUAUCAUAAUCAAAUAUUAUAAGAAGAUGAUGAUGAAAAAAAAUAACAGUUAAAAAUAAAACUUUAAGAUAUAGAAACAGAUUUAGACUAAUAUCUAUUGAAUAUAAGUGAUAUGUAAGCUAAAUUAUAAAUUAAUAUUACUACAUUAAUAGAAUUAAGAAGAGAAUUGAAUAAUGUUAAAUAAAAUCUAUUAAAAUUGGAAUAAAAAUUGGAUGAUACAAAUCUAAGAAUAGCUAGAUUGACAGGGAAAAAAUUUGAAGAAUUACUUGAAAUUAGAAGAAAAAAUUAUUUAGAUAGGAUGAAUAAAAAUUAGCUAGAAUAAAUUUAUGUUGAACAACAUUUUCGUUUAGAUAAAAAUUAUUAAGAACAGGAUUCUAAAUAUGAUAUACCUGAUCUUAUAAGAUAUUUUUUAAAAGAACAGCGUUCUUAAGUGAUGUUAAUAUAUGGAAGCUCAGGAGUAGGAAAAACUACAGCUAUGAAUAAGAUUGAGAAAUUUAUUUGGUAGAAUUAGUAGUACUUAGGAAGAUAAUAAAAAAUAAUUCCAAUUAGUACUUCAUUAGCUUAUUUACAAAUGCCUACAAUAAAUUUAUUUAAAGAAAUUUUGAUGUAAGAUAAAUAUGGAUUUAAUGAAAAUUAAAUUACAGAAUUUAAAGAAUCUCUCAUUCAAAAUGAUUAUUAAGUUCUAUUUUUAUUAGAUUCAUAUGAUGAGAUGUCAAUGGAAUUUAAGUACUAAAAUUUAUAUAUCACAAACAGAUUUUUUGAAAUUAAGAGCAUUAAAUUAAUAAUAUUUUGUCAAAAAGAGUUCAUAAAAUAAUAAUAUUUAGUUUAAAAAUAUUAAAAUUUGAAUGGAUCAUAAUAUUAAACAUGGUUUAACUUUAAUAAUAAAUUAGUUGAGGCUGAGUUAUUGGAAUUAAAUAAAAAAAAAAUAAGAGAUUUUUUAUAACAAUACACUAAAUUAAGUGUUUUAAAAGAGAUUUAAAAUUUCUAAAACUAAAUUGUUAAAUAAUUUUAAUAUAAAUAGAAUUAAUUUUUUGAAAGUGAAAAUGAUUGGAACAAUAUAAAAUCAAUUAUCGAUGAAAGUCGAAACUAAUCUGAAUAAUCGCUCCUAAAUUACAAUCAAUUAGAUAAAAUAAUCAAUUAUUUAAAAUAAAAAAACAAAUCUUUGAACUAAAACCAAGUUUAAAUUUAUUAAAUACCAAUUCUUCGUGAAAACCUUUAAAGGUUAUGGAGUUUUAAAAAAUAUCAAUUAUUUACUAAGAAUUUGCAAAUAAACGAAUUAAUGAAAAUUCCAUAUCUACUUACAUUAAUUGUUGAUGUACUUCCAAAAUUAGAUAAAAAUUACUCUGAAAAAUAACAAAAUUUUAUUUAAAAUUACCGUGAGGUCAAAUAAAAUUCGAUUCUUUCAAAUAAGAUCUUAUCUAGAGUUAAUUCUCCUCAUAACCAAAAGUUCACUGAUUAAUAAGGUUGGAAACAAUUUUUAUAAAGUUGUCAUUCUGAAAUAAAAUCAGAAAUAGAAAAGAAUAUAAAAAAUUUUCAUUAGAAAGGAUUAUUUACAAAAGCGUUUAAUAAUAGUUCAACUGACAAUGAUUUAAAUUUGAGUACAAGAUCAUUAAAUGUUGACUUUUAAGAUCUUUAAUUAAUUCACAAAGCACUUAAAUAAAAUUAAAUUACUAUUUAUGAUUUUCUUGAUAGAUUUAGUUAAGAAUAUUUAGAAAAACAUACUUUGAACUUAAAAUUCAAAGGAAAAAUCUAAGAUGAAGAAAAUUUCAAAUAAGAUGUGUAUACAUUUGCUGAGUCUUUUUCUUUAGAAAUGAUAUCAAAUUAAGAUUUAUCCGUACAAUAUAAACCAUAAGGAUAACUUUAGUUAUUUAAAAAAUUUUCCACCUUUAAUGAAGAAAAUUGCUAUAAUAAAUAUUUUGAUGAUAAAGAUAUUAAUAAAGAGUAUUUUUCUUUGAUUAGAAGUGCACUGUUAAUAAUUUAGAGAGGCGAUAGUUUUUCUUUUUGUCAUGAAAAAUCUCCUAAUUCUAUGCCGCAAAGGCUUUAUAUAAUUUAGUAAAUAAAUGUAAAUUAGAAAAUGAUGAUUGUAUUAAUUUUUUUUAGGGGGAAGAAAAUAUUUAUUUUAAGAAAAAAUAAAUUGAAAUAUUAAAAUAAUCCUGGUUAAAUUAAGAAAAGUUUAAUUUAUCUUAAAUACAAUAUAAAUAAGUACUCUAAAUUCUAAAAGAGAAAUUAAUAAAUAAGAAAUCAUUUAAGAAAAAGCUUAUCUUACUUAUUCAAAUUUCAGCUCAAUACGAUAUGAUUCAAGUUGCUUCAAAUAUCAUUAGUGUUCUUGGUUUUAUAACUAAAGACUUAACUAAUAUACCUUUAUAAGGAAUAAGAUUACAAAACACAAGUUUAAUAGGUAUUGAUUUUUCCAAUUCUGAUUUGAGUAAGUCAAUAUUUUAUAAUGUAAAUAUUAGUGAUUGUAAUUUUACUGGAUCAAAAUUAAAUAAUGCUGAAUGGUAAAACAUCAUAAAUUAUAACAUUUAAAGAGAAAUCAAAAAUUGUCAUUCUGUGUUUUAAUUCUACAAAAAAAAUCAAAUGGUUAUAUAUUCAACUGGUAAAAAGUUUAUGCAAUUGGGAUUAGAGAAUGGUUAAUAGCCAUUAGAAAUAUUUGAACCUUAUUAAAAUUUGAAUUGCUAUGAUAUUUCUAAUGAUGGAUAGAAUAUAGCAUAUACAUUAAUAGAUAGUUGUGAAAUCUAAAUCUGGAAUAUUCCCGAAAAAAGGAACAUAAUGUUUUUCAAAGAACAUGUAAAUAAUGUAUACAUAUUGUCCUUUUCAAAAUAAAACAGUUUUUUAGCUUCAGGAGGCAAUGAUAAUAAAAUAAUUAUUUGGAAUUGGUAAAAAUAAUCAAUCAUCACAGAAAUUGAUAUCAUAGGUAAAAAAUUAAAAAAUCUUGUUUUUUCUUAUAACAACGAUUAUAUUGCUUUACACUUUACUACAGAAUUCAUUCAAUUAAAUAGUGGAGACAAAUGGACACCCUUAAAGGUUGUUAAUAAUAUAUAAGAGAAAAUAACUGUAUUUGCAUUUUCUUUUGACUAAAUGAUGGCUACAGUAUCAUUAACAGAUAAUAAAUCUUAAAUUAUUUGGUUAUUCAAUUUAAAAUAAAAAGAGAAAGAAAGAAAACUUAAAGGACAUUAAAAUAAGAUCAAUUACUUGCUUUUUCUAUCAGAUAAAAGAUCUUUAAUUUCUGGUGGGGAUGAUUUUUUCAUCAUGCUAUGGAAUUAUCAAACUGGUGAAUUUAAAGGAAGAGUUUAAUAAUAUACACACAAGAUUCAAUUCCUGAAUAUAUCGAAGAAUAAUAGAAUUUUGGGAUACUACAAUGAAAAAAAAUCAAUAUCAUUUAUAGAUCUUGAUGCAUUUCAAUCUGUCCAUUAAUUAAAGCAUCCUUCGAAAGAAAUAAGUUAGAUUCUUUUUUCGAAAGAUGGCUUAAUAUUAGUUUCUUGUAAUUAAAGCAAAAAUAUUACAUUAUGGGAUAUGAAAGGAGGAAAAUAAAUGAAGAAAAUUAAAGAGAAGCAUGAUAAUAAAGUGUUAUAAAUAGCUUUUACUCAAAAUGGAAAAUUUUUAGCUUAUGCAGUUAAAAAGGAGAUAAUACUAUUGAAAAAUUUUUAAGAUGAUUCUUCAAGAGAAAAUCGAUGGGAAACUAAAGAAACAAUUAAAAAGAUAAAAUUUUCGAAAGAUGACAAAUAUCUUGCAUAUUUAUGUGAGGAAGAUGACUCAGAAAUAACCCUUAUUCCUUUAGAAGGAAAUUUAGAUAAGAAAAUUUUUUAAAAUAAAAAUAACCAAUAAAAAAUAAAAAUUCUAGAUUUCUGUUUUGCAUCUGAUUCUUAGAUUUUUAUAUAUGCUGAAAAAUCUAUUUUUAGUUGGAAUUAUAUUGAUGAAAGAUAAAACCCUUUAUUUGAUUUAGAUUCAGUAAUUAAAUGUUUUGCAUUUUCUUCAUUUGGUCGUUAUUUUGCUUCUUUAGAUGAUACUAAUACUAUAAAGUAUUAUGAUUUAAGAACUAGGAAUAUAGAAUAAAUAAAAUAAAAAUUCCUUGAUGUAAAUUGUAUUGCUUUUUCUACACAUGAAGAUGUCACACAUUUAGCAAUAGGAAUGAAAAGAUAAAUAUAAAUUUAUAAUUUUUAAUAAGAAGUUUUGAAGUUUAAUAUGAGACUUGAUCAUCAUUUAGAUAUUGAAAUACUAUAAUUUUCACCUAAUGGUUUUCUCCUAGCCUCUGUAUUUAAAGAUAAAACAAUUAAAAUAUUUGAUAUUUAUUUAGAAUAAUUGAUAUUUACUUUGCCUAAUUUAACUAACCUUUAAUUAAUAAAUUCUGAAAAUCCCAAUAUUAUGAAUUUUCUUAAUGAAAAAUUACCUUAAAAAUGA